AUGCUGUCCUUCAACGCAACGCGUUACCAGCACCGCGCACUAAACUCCUUAUCCUUUGGUCACUUUUCUCGAGCGUACUCGACACCUGGCGGUAGCCCGUCUACCGCCAAACUUGUCGCCGAAAUUCGCAAACUUACCACAGUCUCCAUAUCAAAGGCACGAGACGCGCUCGCCGCGUCCAACAACGACGUUAAGGCCGCACUCCAAUGGAUCGACAAUGACUCCGCUUCUUCCGGUGCCAAGAAGGCCGCAAAGGUCGCUGGUCGCCCAACGUCCGAGGGGGUAAUAUGCACUUCCUUACUAUCGAACGGCAACAUGAAGCCCGGCAUGGAUGGACGGCCGACGGGGCGGCUCACAGCAUCUAUGAUUGAGCUGAACUGUGAGACGGACUUCGUGGCACGGAAUCAGCUCUUUGGGCAGUUGGCCGCGGACAUUGCGUACACGGCGACAUUCAUAGUUGAUGAUACCAAGGCGCUGUUCCGCGAGUGGGAAAUGGAUCAGAUACAGAGUGCACCGCUCAUAUCCUCUUCGCCAGACCAACCGUUUUUGGCUUCCAGCCCUGCGUCAGUCGCAGACGCUAUCCGCGACACCAUCGCCAAAGUCGGGGAGAACAUCUCUUUACGACGCGUCGUCACCGUCGGACACAGUGCCACCUCACUCGAGGAGCCUUCCUUCGGUCUCAGACUCGCGUCGUACACACAUGGGGCAGCCAAUCCCGAAUUCCCGACGCAAGGCCGGAUAGGCACUCUCGCCAUGUUGGCGUUGAAGUCCCACAAACUGCCGCAGUUCCUCAAGAACCCGGAAUUCCUAGAGGAGCUGGAGGUACUAGAACGCUCGAUAGCGAAGCAGAUCGUCGGGUUCCCCACUCUAUCAGUUAAAGAGGGUGAGGAGGAUGAUACUGUGUUGUACAAGCAGGAAUUCCUGAUGCUGCGAGGGAAAUACAACGGUCUGCCUGUGCAACAAGCCUUGCGCGCAUGGGCGACGGAGCAGGGCCUUAUCACGGAGCAGGAGAUGGGCGGCGUGGAGGUACUGGAGUUCUUUAAAUGGACUGUUGGGGAGAGUCAGGGUGACGCAUAG